AUAUCAUUUGGGAUGACCCAAAUAGCUAUUAUAAAGUUCAGUUCAAAGUAGAUUUUUUUUUCUUUUUUGGAGGAUGGCUGGUGUGGCUUAGUUUUACUAAACAUGUUAUUAAUUAUUCAAUCUAUAUUGUAACCUUUCUUGCCUCUAUAGAGACCAUAUCCACCAUUAAGCUGUACCCACUCAAGGUACAUUUAAACAUGAGGCUGACCUUACUAUGAAAAAAACUGUGUAGAAGUUGAUCUUUCUGUAGCUAUAUACAGCAUAUAUCUUUUUUCAUCCUUUUUUUCAGCUUUUAUUUCAGCUAGAACUUGAAAGACUAUUUAAAGAAGCUACAGUAAAUACACUACAGGUAAGAGUUAUUAACUAUAAAUUAUGUAGAGUCCACUUGUAAUGUUAAUAAUGAAAACUAAGAGACAGUUUGGUAUUUAAAUCACCAUUAGACUUGUCAAAUACAGUCAUUAGCAUGUGAUAAUCUUUAAAAGGGUUAUUUAAACACUGAAGGGCACCCGGGGGGUACUCCCAUACAUUACCUAAACGGGUAUGUGCCGCCCAACGGGGUCGUGAUUUUGAAGCUCCUGAUUUAGAACAGGGUAUCCAUUUCACAGUCGUUUUCUAGAACGGGGUAUAAUAUUUCGAACACACGAAAGCACCAGUUUUGUAAGCAGCCAUUUGAAAUUAUUCAAGGACAGAUUGCUUUUAAAAAUACGGUUCAGUGCGUUAACAAGCAGACUGUUGUACUCUUGUUGCACCCUAGAACGGAGUAUAAAAAAAUUGGCCCAUUCCUAGAACGGGGUAUCAGUUUUAGGGCAAAUUCUAGAACGGGGUAUAAAAAAUUGGCCCAUUUCUAGAAAGGGAAAUCAAUUUUAGGAGAAAUUUUUUUUAGAACGGGGUGCCAAUUCGGAGUCCCGGGCGGCACAUACCCACCCAAAAAAUACCCAAGUGCCUCCCCGGGGAAGGGCAUGUGCUGUUUAAAAAAGGGUACAGCUGUAACAGCUAACUUACUUGCGACCCCUGUAUCAGAUUAGCAAUUAGGAUUCCAAUAAUAUUUAUAUCCCAGUUUUGUCAUGUCUGCAUGUAUUAUUUGUCGCAGCAUGUCACAAUAUGAAAGAACUGCCUCCCACUCGUUUUCAGUUACUGCUUGUAAAUCAUAUAAUGUAUGUUCAGGAAAAUUUACAUGGCACUUUUUUUUGUUCUAAACAAGUUCCCUAUAACGAUUAGAUUUUGUUAUUGAUGGAGUAUUCAGCUGAUGUCUCUCACAAGUUGUAUAUAACUCAACAAUGAGCCUGGGAUACCUUUUUAAGACGGUUUUAAAUUUUUUUAAACACAUUCACCCCUCAGCUGGCCAUGAGUUCUCUUGUUUAUCCAUGUACCUUAUAGCAUUUGUGACAUCAUCAGUUUUAUAGUUAAGCUUAACUUCUGCUGGGUGACAAAAUCUUUUGGCUCAUACUAGCACUCAGGCCCCAUUGAAAAUGCAUGAAAAAAAUUUAAGUUGACAGUAAAUUUCGGCAAAAAUUUUGUUCCUCUACUCAAAUGUACAGCAGUACUUCCCAAGUUAAGGUGAAAUUGCCUCUGGGAAAUUUCUAUGGGUACAUCUAAAAGAACAAAAGAAUUUAUAAUGUAUUUCCUUGCUAGGUUGAACCACAGUCAGUGAACCAUGCCAUGGUUUGGUGUCUUGAUGUGGCCGUGAGUAGGUGAGAAUAACUAAAAAAAAUGCUGUUCAUGAAAACCCUUGUUACACAACCAUGAGAAGCAAAAUGCAUUUACUGCACCAGUCACGGAAAGGUUCAGUAGAGCAAGAACACAACUGAAGCUUUAUUGCUCAGAGGUAGAGGUCAAGAGUACACAGAUUAAAACAUGAGUUAAGGUGCUGAUCAAGAGAAGCUACAGUACUCACCCCUAAGGUACUGCUGGCUAGUACUUCAUGUAGUGCAGCAUCUUUACACACAACACAUUGAUAGGAGAUCCUCAAUGGAAACUGUGACAAACAACAUGGACUACUUGUAAAUAACAAUAGCAAGCUUUGAUGUCGCUGGUAAUGAGAUGGCAGCCUUAGUAACAUCACAGUUAUAGUGUCUUAUUGUUUAAUAAGCAAAGUGAGUAAGAAAGUCAUCAUAAUGAGCUUAGCAUUCCUGAUUAGUGUACCACUUUUAGUAUGUUAGAAGCUUUUGACAUGUCAAGAGAUGUUAUUGAUUGAUUGAUUUAUCUGGUCUGAUCCACAAGUUGGAUUGGCAACAUCACUGUCGCCUGCACAGGUGUCUCCUCAGUUAGAGUUGCCAUGAGUGUUGGAGGAUGGAUUAUUAUUAAGACCUUAGGUGGAAUUCUCAUGUCACAGAAAUGCAAAAAAGAAACCUGCCAAACGAUUGUAUUUUUUAGCGCAACUAAAGCGUGCAAGAGUACCACCUGAAGAACUGGUUCAGUUCUAUGUAGGUUGCAUCCAGUUAGUUUUACUCUAUGGCUACCAGGUUUAUCAUUUUAGUCUUCCACAAUAUCUAAGCUUAAAUUUUAAGCAGAUACAUAAACGGGCUCUGAGGAAUAAUUGUUGGUUAUGAAGUGCACUGCUCAGAUGCCCUGUCACGUUCAGGCCUUCUUGCUUUAGAGCAAAGAAGCACGGUGCUCUUUAGAAAACCCGUGUUAACAAAAUUGUUCUCAAUCCCCUUGAUCUGUUGCACCCUCUCAUUCCAUUCAUGAGGGACCCGGCAUGGACCUCAGGAACCCUAGAUCAUACUGUGUGAAGCCAUGCAAGACCAACAGGUGCUGUGAUACCUUUAUUAACAAAUGCCCAAGUAUUUUUUAAUAAUUCAUAGUUAGUCUAAAAUUUUAUAUUUUCGUAGUUGUAGGAUUUGAUAUAGUUAGUAUGUAAAGAUUUUUUAAUUAUGUUUCAUAACUCUUUUCUAUAUACUGUAAACCUGAAAGCAAUUCAGUCGAUAUUGCUAGUGAGGUAUUUCAAUAAAGCAUUGUAUUCUAUUCUAUUCUUUUCUAAGUAGUGAGUUUCUAAACAUGCUGGGGAAUUUCCUGUGAGGCAGAUGCACUCAGUGCAGGUGUAGCCAAUGAAUUUUCAUCCAAGCAGGCAUCUGUAUCAAGGGUAGAUGGCUGAAAGUGACCUGGGUACCCUCAGUUGUAUUCCUUUGGUAGGAUGUCUUACAAAUUACCAAUGACAAUGAAAGAGCCAGGCAGUAGUGUGUAGCUAGUGCCUUCAAUUUCUCACUGUGGAGGUUAUGGCAAGCCCAGGCGUCGAUCAUGUGAAGGACUUCUCAGCCUUGUAGAGCAGAACUGAUCAUGAUGGAUCAACCUCUCUUUGGCAGAAAGACCAGAGACCACACGACUAGAUGUGGAGAUGUGGACAUUAAAAUUAGAGGAACUCCUGUGGAUUAUGGCAUGGAGGCUUGCUUUUGACUUCUUAUACUGCCCUCUCACCAAAUUGGUUCUUGUUUUGGUUCUUAACCUGUACUGUUUUUGACAAAGGCCAUCAGUGAGUGCCUUAAAUCCUGGGGAAGGGUUGGUAUUGAUAAUGGUGGGUAGACCAUCCAAUUGCAACUUACAUUCCAGUGGGGCUGUUACUAUCAACUAACUGAAUCAUUCUCUGAAAUAUAUGAGUAGCAGUUGUGAGCACUGUUGAUUAUCACAUCUGUGGUGAAUGAUACUUGGACAGCACUGGGCAAAGGACAGGCUGACUGUUCCAUAUAUACUGUGGGAAUGGUUAUAAGGUGAUGGAGUUGGUCUUGUCUAACAUGCAAAUUGAGUUAAUCACUACUAGUUGGGUGGCCAAACUAGAUGUUUGUGGCAGUGAGUAGGCCAUCCAGUACCUGUUGAGUUACAACUACAAUAAAUUCAUGGCUAGGAAUGAAAGGCUUGUCAUUAAUCUUAUUGACAAGUAGGCCUUCUUCUGUGAUAGUUGCAAUUAUUGUAAGUGACCAUCUUAUGCUCUUCACUAGAGUUGUUGGUUAGAUUCUUGGAUGAGUAUGUGCAUUAUAGAUGUGCAAUAGUGCAUCGUAAAUUGCCCAUUCUGUCUGUGUUGCCAACGAGUUGGUGCAUCUCAUGAAUUGGAAAUAUUCAUUGCCUUCUAGUAUGUUUUUAUGGUGGUAACUCUAAUGACAGAGUCCUGGGUUAUUUUUCUGAGGAUGCAGGUCUGAUAUCAGCUUACUGUGGAGAGGAAGACAGGGAAACAAAGAUUGGUUGUAAACUCCCCUCAACCAGUUUAAUGAAUUUUAUCUGAACAAUUUAUGUUGGAAAUUUAUUAUUCUUAGUUGUUAUGUCUUUAACAAAAGUAAUAUAGACCUAACAAUCUUAAGCUUGAACUAAGUUUAUUGAGGCCAUUAAUUAUUUUCUAAAUGGAAGAACAGUAGGCUUGACUCAAAGGAAGUUUCGUUUUGAGUGUGAUCAUAAGCUUGGAAAAAAUGUCAUGCUUCAUCCUCCCUCCCAAAGUUUAAUAGAGGGUGUAGUUUUUAUUGUCAUUAUUCAAAAUGUCUUUGUUAAUUCAUUCUUGUCAGCUCUGGACUACUUAUAUUAGCUGCUGUAGCUCUCUGUGGAACUCAGACUUCUCAGCUGUUUUAUACCCUUGGUAAGUAAGUUAGUAGAGGGGGUGAAAGAGGUUUUUGCAUGAUAAAAAGUGUGUUUAAUCUUGGCGUGAAAGGUGAUAACAUGAAAUUAAAAUUCGUAGAAUAUGAACGGUUUGCUUGUCGUGAUACUUGAACUUUAAAAUCUUUUAUCCGAUAUUCGUGAUUUUCAACCAAUUUUUUCGUGAAAAUAGAUGGUAAGUUUCAACUGAAGAAAAAUUUUACACUGAAGCCCCUGGACCUUCAAGCUAAGUCAAAGUUCUUAUAAGUUUCCCUUAGACCUAUUUUUUUGGAUAGUAAGCUAGGGCUACCUUUUGGCAAGUGCCAACGAGGCAAAUGUGGUUAUCAUUUGUGGAAUGUCCCUAUUCAGAUCUUUGCAAUUUGUUACAUAAUUUUAGAGCGUUGAAAUAGAUUCUGCUUUAGAAAAGAAUGGUAACCAACUUUGGCACAUUCUAGGCUUUCACUUUUAUUAGACAAUAACAACAUGGCUUGAAGCUUUGUUGGUAAAUUGGAGCAAGUUAGCACUUUUAUGGAAUAUUUCGUUGUAUCUAAACUCUAAACGUUAGAAAGUAAAAUAUAGUUCAAGUGAGGCCUUUGACUACUGAAAUUAAAGAUUAAAAUUAAAUUCUGAGCUUUCUCCAACCAACAGCAUCAUAAGGGAUAAGAGAAAUAUUCCGCGUGGUAAUUACAUAUGAAAAAAUUGUUGUGAAGCAAGAUGUGAAAAGCGCAAGAAUGGGGCAGAAAAGAUUUACUAUUAAAAGUCAGUUAAGUGAUGACUCAUCAUUAACCCUACAGACAGCGGCAUUCUGAACAGGUCUAGCCAUCCACUUUCCCUUUACUUUGAAAAUUUUCAUGAAAUGUGAAGACGGAAUUUUAAUCACUGUGAUACAUGCAUAGUAGCCCCCCCCUUUACACCCUGUUAGUGAACACAUGUUCAUUGCAUGGAAAAGUUAUUGUACUUUUUGGAAUGAGGUGAGAAAAACAAACAGGUUAGGAAGGGACAGAAUGGCCCCAAAAAAUUGAAGAAUCAAAAGGUGGACAGAAAGGAGAAGACAUUUUAAUGUAGGGAGAGAGGGAAAAAGGAGUGAGUUGAUGCUAAUUUGGCAGUGUCCUACCCCUUAAAUUUCAAGGAGUAGGACAUUUGUCAUAACUAUUGUAUUGAUAUUCCAAAGUUACCCUGAGGUUGACACAUUGAGGAACCUUGUAUCAAAAAUCAGAUGUGGCAGUGGCUACCAAGAUGAAGUUUAAAAAAAAAUUAUAUUUUUGGACCUUUUCAGAUGGAUUUUCUGCAAUUUAUUAAUGUAUUAUAUAAGGAAAAAAAACAAACCUCUGAAAAUCAGAAAAUCAAAAGCCAUGAUAAUCUAAUAAAUCUUUUUACUUUUAUUACUGUAUUCAAAGGCUAUUUCCCCUUAAAACCCCAUCCUCGAGUCCUUAGUUAAGUCAGUAACUGUGUACUAAUGGUAAAAGGUCUCUUUGUUUUUUCGUUCAUGAAGGGCUCCUUAACUCAGAUGCAGUCCCUGGUCCUUCCACCCUUGAGAGUAUCAGUAUUUUGCCAUAUUCUGUCAUGUACACUGUAAGUAAAGUGGACAUAUAAUAUUAUGAUAGUAUAAAGUAUGUUCAUAUUAAAACCUUUGAACUGUGUAUUAAAUCUAAAAAUCUCAGUGGUUAAUGGGAGUGUGUCCUUGGUGUCUAACAAAAGAUUUUUCAAUAAACUUUCUCUUUUUUUCACUAACUUGUAUCUGCAUUGUCUACUCUUUGAAAGCCUAUUACGAUUUAUGGUCAAACCCCCCAUUUUAUGGACACCUGCACAGACACGUCAUUAUAACGUACAGUUUGCUUUGUUCCUGGGGAAAGAAAGCCCUUACAUUUUCCCUAAAUUAAAUCUGCUUAAUACGGGCACUCCACUGACUGUACCAUUUUUUUUCUGUCUUCACAGGAGGCUAAUGAACAAGAGCUUCUCGAUUUCAAAUUGCUGCUACCAGAAAAUAGUCCAUCAGCAUUUGUUUAUGACUCCAACUCCAUCAUCUGUGUUUCAGGUGUUUACAUAAUACAACAUGUAUAUACAAUAUCAUCGUUUACCUGUGUUAUUCUUUGUUACCCAGUGUUCCCCUGUGUUCCCCUAUCUUCCCCUGUCUUACUCUGUGUUACCCUGAGUUACCCUGUGUUCCCCUCUGUUACGCUGUGUUACCCUGUAUUACUCUGUGUCACCCUGUGUUACCAUUUGUUGCUCUGUGCUCCCCUGUGUUACUCUGUGUAGCCCCUGUCUUCCCCUGUCUUCCUCUCUGUUACUCUGUGUUACCCUCUUGUACUCUGUGUUCCCCUGUGUUACCUUGUGUUACUCUGUGUUACCUUGUGUAUCCCUUUGUUCCCCUGUGUUACUCUGUGCUACCCUGUGUUCCCCUGUGUUACCCCGUGUUACCUUGUGUUACUCUGCGUUAAAUAUUAUUGUGUAACCCUUUGUUCCCCUGUGUUAUGCGGUGUUACCCUGUGUUACCUUGUGUUACCCUUGUUACCCUAUGUUACCUUGUGUUCCCCUGUGUUUCCCUGUGUUACCUCGUGUUACCCUGUGUUACCCUUCUUACCCUCUGUUACCCUGUUUUACCCUUUCUUCCUCUGUGUUACCCUGUGUUACUCUGUGUUAGCCUGUGUUACCCCAUGUUACACUGUGUUACCUUGUUUUACCCUUCGUUACCCCGUGUUACCGUGUGUUAGCUUUUGUUACCCUGUGUUACCCUGUGUUACCUAUGUGUUACCCUGUGUUACCCUGUGUUACCUGGUGUAACUCUGUGUUCCCCUGUGUUACCUUGUGUUACCCUUUGUUAUCUUGUGUUCCCCUGUGUUACCCCUGGGUUACCCUGUGUUACUCUGUGUUAUCCCGUGUUACCCUGUGUUACCUUGUCUUACCCUGCUUUACCCUUUCUUCCCCUGUGUUACCCUGUGUUACCUUGUGUUACCCUUUCUUACUCGGUGUUACCCUGGGUUACCCUGUAUUACCAUGUGUUACCCCGUGUUACUGUGUUAGCCUGUGUUACCCUGUUUUACCCUUUUUUUCCUCUUUUCCUCUGUGUUUCUCUGUGUUACCCUGUGUUCCCCUGUCUUACUCUGUGGUACCCUGUCCUGCCCUUUGUAACCCCUUUUUUACUCUGUGUUACCCUGUGUUACCAUGUGUUCUGCUGUGUUAUUCUGUGUAACCCUGUGUUUUUUCCUGUGGUACUCUCUGUUACCCUUUGUUUCCCUCUGUUACCCUGUGGUAGUCUGUGUUACUCCUGUGUUACCCUUUGUUUCCCUGUGUUACCUCUGUGUUACCCUGUGGUCCCCUUUGUUCCCUUCUGUUAUCGUGUGUUACCCUGUAUUGCCUUGUGUUACCCUGUGUUCCCUUGUGUUACUCUGUGUUACUUUGCAUUACCCUGUGUUCCCUUGUGUUACCUUCUGUUACCCUCUGUUACUCCGUGUUACCCUGUGUUCCCCUUUGUUACCCUGUGUUACCCCGUGUUACCCUGUGUUCCCCUGUGUUACCCCUAUGUUUCCCUGUGUUAGCCCGUGUGACCAUGUGUUACUCCGUGUUCCCCUGUGUUCCCCUGUGUUACUCUGUGUUACUUUGUGUUACCCUGUGUUCCCUUGUGUUACCUUCUGUUACCCUCUGUUACUCCGUGUUCCCCUGUGUUCCCCUGUGUUACCCCUAUGUUUCCCUGUGAUAGCUCGUGUGACCCUGUGUUACCCCGUGUUACCCUGUGUUCCCCUCUGUUCCCCUCUGUUUCCCUGUGUUAGCCCGUGUGACCGUGUGUUACUCCGUGUUACCCUGUGUUCCCAUGUGUUACCCCUAUGUUUCCCUGUGUUAGCCCGUGUGACCCUCUGUUACUCCGUGCUACCCUGUGUUCCCCUGUGUUACCCCUAUGUUUCCCUGUGUUAGCCCGUGUGACCCUCUGUUACUCCGUGUUACCCUGUGUUCCCCUGUGUUACCCCUAUGUUUCCCUGUGUUAGCCCGUGUGACCCUCUGUUACUCCGUGUUCCCCUGUGUUCCCCUGUGAUACCCCUAUGUUUCCCUGUGUUAGCCUUUGUGACCCUGUGUUACUCUGUGUUAGCCUGUGUUACCCUGUGUCACCCUGUUUUACCCCUGUUGUCCCCUGUACUACCCCGUGUUACCCUGUAUUACCCCAUGUUACCUUUUGUUACCCUGUUACACUGUGUUACCCCAUGUUACACUGUGUUACCCUGUUUUACCCCGUGUUACCCUUUGUUACGCUGUGUUACCUCAUGUUACCCUUUGUUACCCAGUGUUACCUUGUGUUACCCUCUUUUCCCUUGUGUUCUUCUGUGUUCCUUUGUGUUACCCUAUGUUACCCCUUUGUUACCCUGUGUUACCUAGUGUUACCCCAUGUUACCCUGUGUUACGUUUGUGUUACCCUAUUUUACCCUGUGUUACCCUGUGUUCCCCUGUCUUACUGUGUAUUACCCAUUGUUACCUUGUGUGUACCUGUGUUACUACUCUGUGUUACCCUGUGUUCCCCUCUGUUACCCUGUGUUACGUGGUGUUCCCUUGUGUUACUCUGUGUUUCCCUGUGUUAUUCUGUGUUCCCCUGGGUUACCCUGUGUUACCUUGUGUUAAUUUAAUUGUCUAUGAUAGACAGUUGAAAUAUUACAGUCAAACCAUGGUGAGUGGUCACAGGGAGUACUUUUUAAAGGAUGACUGUUUACAGAGGUUUGGAUUUAAAUAUUAUUGUAAAUCAUUAUCUUGAAUUGCCGUCACUUUACAUUCAACUUUCAAUUUUACACUUGGCAUAAAAAUGCAAAUUAAUCUGAACAAAUACUGACUCAGAAAAACAAACAAAUGGAUUUGUUUCAUUUUGAAAGCUCAAUAAACUAAUUGCGUCAUAUUUGCCUGAGAUUAACAGACAUCCAGUACUGUUAAUAGGGACUUCAAAAUCCGUCAACGAGGGCGGCAACAAGGACAUAAAAGAGCAAUAGGUUGGAUAGGCAAAUUUACAACUUUGCACGUGCGCCAAAGUUUUUGUAUUUCUUUUCCGUCACUGCACGACUACAACGUGAAAAUGCUUAAUUUCACGUUUUAUAGGGGACAUGAAUAAAUGGUCGCAAGGAAAUUUUCUUUCUUUUUCUGAACUUGGAUAUGGUUCUAUAUUGAAUUCCAUGAGAGUUUGCCUACAUUUAACAAAUUAAGUGAGUUGGAAUAAAUCGCGAUGAACGAGAACUCAAUUUUUAGGCGACAUUUUUGCCGUCGUCGCCGCCCUCUGAUCUUGGGAGAGGAAAGAAGACGGUUAACCUUGUUUGACAAGCGUGACAAUAAUUUUCGCCAAACUUCACCUUCCUUUAAACAGUUCUUUUUAUAAAAGACCAAAAAACAUUAAGGUUAAGUGAAGAUCACGACAAAACAAGCAAGUAAUAACCCUGUCACGUUUGUCACUCGUAAGCAUUUGUCGUCUUCUUCUUCCUGCCGUCCUGUUGAGUGAACUUACUUGUAACAGUCAUUUCUACAAUUAAUUCACAAGUCUUUGUUUUCAGUUCACCGAAGCGAUGAACUACUAAACAAGAUUGAUCUACAGUCUCCUCCAGAUGGAAUUUUGGGUUCAGGUAUGGAUACGUGUUUUACACUUGGUCGGUUAAUUCAGUCAGAUGGAAUCCCUCUGUCCUUGUGAUGCCUUUUUCUGCCCAUAUGCCACUGUGUUGUCUCUUUUUAGAGGUCCUUAGAUCCAGUUAUGGAAUCUUGUCUUAAGAUUUGCCAAGUUCAAGGAGCUGGGUUUUUUUGUAUACUUUUCAAUCUUCUAAAUCCUGAACUAUCCGUUCUCCUUUUGAGGAAUUCGUUAGGUUAGGAAAAGUCAAAUAACAUUAAGAUAGUGUUUUAAACAUAACCCAAAAAAUCGUACAAAGCUGUGAAGCAGGUCAGAUUAAUGUUUUUGUAUAAUCUAGGUGUAUGCGAUGGCAAACCCCUUUUUUUCUCCAGAAAGUAUGGUAUCAUUUCUGUAACAGUAACAGAAGCUGUUGUCAGGUAAGUAGAACUCAGUUGUGAUAUAGGUUUACUAGAACAUGUCAAUGAGUACUGUAUUGCUGUUGCAAAAUGUCUAGCUUUUUCGGAUUCUAUGACCACAGGUUACCGGGUCAUAACCCAUUUGUUUGAAAAUUUAAGUCUCUCCCUUUGAACUUCCUUGCCAUUUAAUAAAUAUUUUUCUAAACAAAAACAAUCUUUAAGGCGUUUGGCCCGCUGGAAAUUUCUUAUAUAUGCAUACAACCCGCUUUGCAAGAGGACCUUAAAGAAAGCUAGUUAUAUUGUUAUGCUAUUGUUGUUGUUGUUGUUAUUAUUAUUAUUAUUAUUAUUAUUAUCACUAUCAUUAGUGUUGUUGUUGGUGUUGUUCUAGGAUCUAUGGUGUAAAACAAAACUUCUGAUACACAACCCCCAGGUGAUUACCUACCCUCUGCCCUUCAGUUGCUGUAGAAACUAAAUAUCUAACAAAUACAUAACUUUCAAUAAGUUGAAGACAGUAAAAGAGAAUCAUAGAGCGUUUUCACUCACGUGGCCAACAGGUUCGCAAAUUUGCUCGAAACUCAUAGGAUUGGCUUGGUAUGCCAACAUGGCCACCGCUUCAUUGUUUUGGCUGGCGUGACUUCGAGUGAAAACAUUCUAUAGAAAGUCGCAUGGGUACGUCCCUGGGUCCAUAGCCCUGCGCUCACUCAGGGGCAGAUUCACUGAUGGUUAACAGAAAACUCUGCACACAGCAAUACCAUGUUUUUGUUUCAUUAAAACUACUAGAUGGUGGGCUUAUGUUUGCAUUUUACCUUCUUAACAUUUUAUACAGUGAAGAAAUGGACAACUCAAGGUUACGCUCCUCAGAAGUGGUAAGUAAGUUCAACAAACAACAACAACAAAACGUUAUUUAUCCACGGAGUCCGCUACAGUGUUCUCCCAGGUAGCCGUGCGCCAUAGUCGUUAACAAUUUUUAGAUAAUUAAAUACACUUAUUAUAAUAGGUAUAAAAAAUCCAACAUGCCAUUACUAUCAUACAUUUAACUAUUAAUUAGUGAAUUAAUUAAAGCGUGAAAACGAUUGAAGUUAGUGGCCUGCUCGGCUUCAAAGGAUAGACCCUUCCAUAAAACUGCACCUCUGUAUUGAAAGCUCUGUUAUAUUUAGGACCUCAUUGUUUGGUCUAGGAAUAAAAAUAUUUAUAGUUGUGAGCUCCGUAGAUUAUGUUCAUGAACUGCAUCUAUGUUUUUAUGAAACUUAUUGUUUUUUGAGAUUUUCGGAUUUCCAAACUGCAAGCUAACGCGAUAAAAUCAAAGUGUGAUAUGCCUGUAAAUGUUAUAGUGACUUGGCUUUUUUAUAAGUAGAGUAACAGAGUAGAAACAAAUAAAUGAACCAACGUGCAACUCUGUGUUUAUCAUUACAUUGCGAGAAAAUAUUUGCUUUAAUUCCUGAAAACUAUUGAAAUGCCUUAUAUUUUUAACUUGUAGUAUAUCUGUUACAGGUUAGAAUAUUUUAACCAAGGUUGAUUCUCCAUUUCCUUUGUUUCCUAGCGCUGAUUCAUUAAUAAGUAGGGCAAGUAUACAAAGGAAAUAGAGAAUCAACCUAGGUUAACCUGAAUUUAAUUUUGAGCUGUAACAAACCCUUAGCUAUUUUAAAGGUUAGGAAAUGUAAUGUAUUCUUUUCCCUUCCUUGGUGAAAUUAGCGGUCUUAAUAUUCAAAUAUAAAUAUGUUGAUAUGUAUAAAGUUUUAGAUGAAGAUAGGUAAAGAUAAAGAUAGCCUUGAUCUUGAUAUUUUGUAGAUUAAACCAGUUGAUGCGUCACUUGCUGAAAUCACGUUCGGAGAUACAGAUGACGAGCUAAAGAAGUUCAAAUCAGCUUUUUUGCUUUUUUGUCAAGGGAAUACUGUAAGUAUAAUUCCAAUGAUACUCAUGCACAACAAAUGGCUAUUGUUUUUUUAGGAAGAGAAAGGCUACAGUCA